UAAUUUAGUGGGAAAUAGGAACGUGGGAUAUUUGUAUAAUUAGAGGAGCUUUUGUGCUUGCUUUUGCUUUUGAGAUCUAAGCUUCUAAAUUUGUAGCUGCAAUGGAAGGAGAAGAAGGUAACACAAGAAACACCAAAGAAGCUUUGAGCACUGAAGCAGGCCAUAUAAAGGGUGACCAAGAUCGUCGAUAUGCCCUCCCAUCUGCUCAUACAAUUGGCCACGAUUCAUGGCAACAAGUUGGGGUGAUGCUGGUGACAGCCUUUAACUGUGGAUAUAUAUUGAGCUUUUCAAAUCUUAUGUUGGUGCCUUUGGGAUGGACGUGGGGGAUCAUAUGCCUUCUGGUUUUUGGGCUCUACAGUGCCUAUGCAAUCCGGCUUUUGGCUGCUUUUCACUUCAUCGAUGGCCAAAGGUUCAUCAGAUACAGAGAUCUCAUGGGUUUUUUAUUUGGCAGGGAGAUGUUUUACACCACUUGGGUUUUCCAAUUUUUGACCCUUCUACUUGGAAACAUGGGUUUCAUUCUACUUGGGGGAAGAGCGCUCAAGGAAAUUAACUCCGAAUUCAGCGACUCACCAUUUCGGCUUCAGUAUUUUAUCGCCAUCACCGGAGUGACCUACUUUGUAUUUGCAUUCUUCAUUCCAACAUUGUCUGCAAUGAGAAGUUGGCUCGGACCAUCUACCGUUAUCACCUUCGCUUACAUUGUCAUACUCUUGGUGGUAGUGGUUAAAGAUGGGAAAGCUAACACCAAGAGAGAUUAUGCGAUCCAUGGAAACGAAGCAGACAGAGUACUCAAUGCCUUUGGUGCAAUUGCAGCUAUUAUCGUAUGCAACUCCUCCGGAUUGCUACUCGAAAUACAGUCAACUCUAAGAGCUCCUGCAGUAACAAAUAUGAGGAAAGCUUUAAAUCUGCAGUUUACCGUGGGACUGGUGUUUUACUAUGGAGUGAGCAUAGUAGGAUACUGGGCUUAUGGCUCAACUGUAUCCGAAUACCUUCCUCAAGAGCUAAGCGGUCCUAAAUCGGUUAAGGUUCUCAUAAAUGCCGCUGUUUUUCUACAAUCCAUAGUCUCCCAACAUAUGUUUGUGGCACCAAUCCACGAGUUCCUCGAUACCAAGUUCCUCAAACUCGAUAAGAGCAUGAACUCAAAAGGAAAUUUGAAGCGCAGAUUGUAUGUUCGAGCCCUCCUCUUUGCAGUAAAUACAUUUGUAACAGCAGCUUUUCCUUUCAUGGGGGACUUUGUAAACUUGUUUGGAUCCUUUACACUCGUUCCUCUAACUUUCGUGUUCCCGAGCAUGAUUUUCAUCAAGGUGAAGGGAAAGGCAGCUUCACUGGAGAAGAUUUUAUGGCAUUGGUUCAACAUCGUUAUUUUUUCGCUCCUUGCCAUCGUCACCACAAUUUCUGCCGUUCGAUUGAUAGUCAACAAUGUUAAGGAAUAUAGUUUCUUUGCAAAUACAUGAAGUACAUGUAAAUACAUUGCUGCAAUAUUCUUAUUUCAAAAAAACAGAGUUCAUGUAAAUAUAUUGCUGUAAUAUUUAUACAAGGCCGCGACAUGGUACAUCGAAUAUAUCACAAACUUUUCAAUGCCAA